AACCCACUGGAUUAUUCCCAGUGUCGGGGUAAGGAGAAGAGCUAUACUCUCUUUCGCUGUUUGACUGAAAGAGUUAGACAGUGAGAUUUGUGGAGUUAGCGAAAGGCCUGCAUGCAAUGCGGACAGCAUAUUCUUUCUAAAGAGUGUGUUACCUUUGCAUUGGGAGGGAGAUCAGAAAAGUUAGGAUAUCGAACAGAAGUCCACUGCCAGUGGCGAGAGAAAAGGCCCUAUGGCGAAUCUUAUUCAGGGGCCGGGCGGCCGGAGGACUUUAUUUAUAGUGGCAGUGUUUUUUGUUGGAUGGGCAAUCGCCGAACAAGGUGAGCGUGACUUUGAGUUUGUGGAUGAGACUGUGAAGAGGACGGUACGAGAAGCAACUCUACAGGAUGACGAGGACUUCCUUCAUGAUGACCCUGGGUCAGGUCAGGAGGAGGGGAGUGGCACAACCACACCCACGCCCCCCAUCGGAAUAUAUCCUGUGUAUUUCCGAGUGAGUUUGAACUUCUCGGAUCUUUCGUUCAGCAAUGAACUGAAGAACCGAUACAGUCCUGAGUUCCAGUCGAGAGCUCAGCAAAUUGCGGACGCCAUUGAAGCUCUGUUCCGCAGUACACCCGGCCAGCAGCUGGUUACUGUUCUGGCCUUUAGCAAAGGAUCUCUCAUGGUUUCAUUUGAUCUCGGAUCUCAGGGAUUUGAUAAUCCAGAUGCUUUGAGAAAAAUUAUUGAAGAUGCCAUCAAAAGUGGUUAUAUUGGGCCAUAUAGGGUUAGCCCUGAAGGAUUUGAUUUUAGACAAUUUGAAGAGCCAGUUUCCUGCCCAAGCUUUGUCGGACGUGAACCAGAAUCACUGCCAAGAAACGGAACCAACUGGGCCAACCUCCUCGUCAACAACAUCUUCCCCUGUAACGGAAACGUCGUUGGCUGGGAAUAUUACCGUCUCAUUCCAACCGGAGUCGCGUACGUUGGUGUAUGGAAGCAAGUCACCGAUACGGAAUUCACUCUCGUCGGAAAAACAGAACUUCCUCCCGCACCAACUGGAAUUAGAAUUGUGCAGCUUCAAAGCCCAAUCAAUGUACAACGUGGUGAUUUUAUUGGUAUUUUCUACCCACGAGGAACACCAAAUAAUGUGAUAGCCAGUGCUACACUGGAGGAUGAUAUUAUCUCAUUGAAUGAAAUGUUCCAAGACUACUAUGUGCAGCUGUAUGACGACAUGAUACAGGAAGGAAUACCCUUCAAUAUCGAGAGUGUGCCCUACUCCAAGACUGACGCUACCUUUGCUAUCCGUGCCUUAAUGGAUUACGCUGGCGUCUCCCCAACAGACACAUCCCGUGGCACCUGCGCUGCAGACCAGUUCACCUGUAACGAUGGAGAGUGCGUCAUCGGCUCCUACAAGUGUGAUGGUCAGAUCGACUGCCCUGAUGGAUCGGAUGAAGUCAACUGUCCUCAAGGAUGUGCCGAUGACCAGUUUAAGUGCAAGUCUGGAGAAUGUGUACUCGUCUUCCAAGUUUGCGACAAUCAGAUUGACUGUCCGGACGGGAGUGACGAGGACAACUGUGGCAAUUCAGGAGGCUGUUCCCCUGAGGAGUUCCGCUGUAUAGACGGAUCAUGUAUAAGUAUUCUACAAAGGUGUGACAGUCGUGGCGACUGUCCUGAUGGAGACGAUGAAUUUGGCUGUCCCUCCGUCCCUUGCCCACGGGGGCAGUUUAGAUGCGAAGGGGGGAGGUGUAUAGAUGAUCGUCUUCGUUGUGAUGGCAGAGCGGAUUGUCCUGACAGAACAGACGAAAUCGACUGUCCCUCCCGAAACUGCACAGCAGCCGAGUUCCGCUGUAACGAUGGAUCUUGCAUUGAUGCUUCCCAGCUGUGCAACGGUUACCCUGAUUGCGAUGACAGUUCAGAUGAAGAUGCAAAUAAAUGCAUCCCCGUGUUGCCAGAGCUGUGCCCGGAGGGUCAGUUCCGCUGUGAAGACGGUCAGUGUAUUGACCCAAGGUACCAGUGCAAUGGAGCUCAAGACUGCCGUGAUGGAUCGGAUGAAUUAAACUGUGGUAGACGAUGUUCCCCAGGGGAGUUCCAGUGUGCCGACUCCUCCUGUAUUGACGAGAGGUUCCGCUGCGAUGGUGUGCCCGACUGCUCAGACAGUUCCGACGAGGCUGCUUGUCCGACCUCUCGAUCAGCUAUUGUUAUCUCUGGAACUAAAACUGUAAAACCCAACGAGCAGAUCAAACUUACGUGUAACGCUUCUAGCAGUCGGCGGGAUCCUGUCACCAGUCUAGAAUGGUAUAAGAACGGCCGGAAACUACAGGAAGAUCGCAGGAAUCUGAUUUUGAGGAAUUAUGGGAGAGAGGAAUACUAUGUUAGCGAACUUUAUGUACGUAGAACGCGUGUUGAAGAUGGCGGACGUUACACUUGUCGAAGUCAACGAAAUCAGGAGAGUAUUGAUGUGAGGAUUGAAGCUCAACGUCAGUGUUCUGCAUCUGAGUUCCGCUGCAAUGAUGGCCAAUGUUUGGAUGGUGCUGCUCGUUGUAACGGCGUCCCAGAAUGCAUUGAUAGCUCCGAUGAAGCGAAUUGCCCAUGCCGAGAGGAUCAGUUUGAGUGCAGGAAUGGCCAGUGUAUUUCCGCCGAGGGGCGCUGCAACAGAAACUAUGACUGUGCUGAUGGCAGUGAUGAACAGAGUUGUCCCUGUGGUGAUGAUGAGUUCACCUGUGGAGACGGACGUUGCAUCCCAGCUGCCCGCCGUUGUGACCGCCGACCUGACUGCGCUGACCGCAGUGAUGAAAGCGGAUGUGAAUGCAGUGCAAAUGAGUUCCGUUGCACUGAUGGACGUUGCAUUCCAAGCAGUAGACGCUGCGAUGGGACUCCAGACUGCCGCGAUCGCAGUGAUGAGACUAACUGUGAAUGCAGUGCAAAUGAGUUCCGUUGCACUGAUGGACGUUGCAUUCCAAGCAGUAGACGCUGCGAUGGGACUCCAGACUGCCGCGAUCGCAGUGAUGAGACUAACUGUGUGGUCACAUGUUCCGCCAAUCAGUUCACAUGCCAGGAUGGUUCGUGUAUUGACGCUGCACGUAAAUGUGAUCGCACGUCGGACUGUGCCGAUGGCUCCGAUGAAUCUGGUUGUGCGUGUAAGUCGAAUGAGUUUAGAUGUCAAAAUGGGCAGUGUAUCCAAGGCGAACGGCGAUGUGAUCAACGCCGUGAUUGCAACGAUGGAAGCGAUGAAGAGAAUUGUCGUGUUGGUUGUCGCUCUAGCCAGUUCCGAUGUCGGAGUGGUGAGUGCGUCGAUCGUAGGCGCAUGUGCGAUGGACGCCGCGACUGUAGAGAUCGCUCAGAUGAAUAUAAUUGUCCAACAACUCCCUCUUUGACCUGCACUCCGGGUCAGUUUCGAUGUGGCAAUGGCCAGUGUGUUGACGCUGGGUUACGAUGCGAUGGACGAGUUGAUUGUACGGAUAGGUCUGACGAAACUCGUUGUCCCUCUAGAAGGACCUGCAGAGAUGGGCAGUUUCUGUGUGGCACUGGCCACUGCCUUGACAAUAGCAGGGUUUGUGAUGCCAGACCUGAUUGCCCUGACGGGUCUGAUGAACAAAACUGUACCUGUCAAGAGGACCAAUUUACCUGUGCUAACGGCCAGUGUAUUCCCAAGUCAGGGUUCUGUGAUGGACGCGCAGACUGUCGUGACCGUAGUGACGAGGGCGACUGCCCCGUGCAGACCUGUGGCAGUGACCAAUGGACCUGCACCAACGGGGAGUGUAUCAGUUUGGCUGACCGCUGCAACCGCAGAUACGACUGCCGAGAUGGCACUGAUGAAUUUGAAUGCCCGCCCCCUGGCUGCCGCUCUGACCAGUACCGUUGCAGUAACGGCCAGUGUAUCAGUACCGCAGCUCGCUGCAACAGGCAGUUUGAUUGUUCUGAUCGCAGUGACGAACAGGAUUGUCCUCCAGUCGAGUGUGGCGAGAACCAGUUCACCUGCAAGAAUGGCCAGUGCAUCAGCUCUGCUGAACGUUGUGAUAGGAAAUAUGACUGUUCUGAUGGCAGCGAUGAACAGGAGUGUGUGCCAGACAAAGUAGUGGCGUGCACAGAGGACCAGUUCACCUGCAAGAAUGGCCAGUGCAUCAGUUCUGACGAGCGCUGUGAUAGAAAAUAUGACUGUACGGAUGGCAGCGACGAACAGGAGUGCGUUCCCCAAAGCUGCCGAUCAGAUCAAUUCCGUUGCAACAGUGGCCAGUGCAUCAGCUCGGAGGGACGGUGCAACCGACAGUACGACUGUUCUGAUGGCAGUGAUGAGCUGGAAUGUACCUGCCGAGAGGACCAAUUUACCUGUGCAAGCGGCCAGUGUAUUCCCAAGUCAGGCUUCUGUGAUGGACGCGCAGACUGUCGCGACCGUAGUGACGAGGGUGACUGUCCACCUGCAGAAUGUCGCGAUGACCAAUACCAAUGCAGAAAUGGUCAGUGUAUCAGCAAAGCUGACCGCUGCAACCGCAGAUAUGACUGCGCAGAUGGCAGUGACGAACAGGAAUGCCCACCACCUGGUUGCCGUUCCGACCAAUUCCGGUGCCAGAAUGGGCAAUGCAUCAGCCGAGCUAGUCGUUGCAAUCGCAGAUAUGACUGCGCAGAUGGCACUGACGAAUUUGAUUGUCAGCAGGAAAGAGUCGACAUCUCUGUCGUGCCAGCAACGAUGAGAGUCCGGGAAGGCAGAGAAGCCGUGUUUGAGUGUCAAGUGACUGGAUCCACUUCGAGUGUUGUGCGCUGGAGUCGGGCUGGUGACAGGCCUCUGCCUCUCAGUGCGAACCAGUUGAAUGGACGCUUGUCCUUCCGCGGCGUGACUCAGGAAGAUGCUGGUGACUACAUCUGUACCGCCACAAGCACCUCCGGCAGCUACACCUCAACAGCCAGACUCCAGGUGGACUUCAUUGGACCUCCAACUCAGCGUCCCGAUAUCUCUGGUGCUUGUGGUGUUGAUGAGGCUACCUGCGCCAGUGGAGAGUGUAUUCCACGUGACUACCUUUGUGAUGGAGAAAACGAUUGCACGGACAAGUCGGAUGAAACCAACUGCAAUUUUGCUCUGCCAUGUGAACCUAAUGAGUUCCGCUGUGCCAAUGGCCGCUGUGCGAUGAAGAUCUGGAGGUGCGACGGUGACAAUGACUGCGGUGAUGACUCAGACGAGACCAACUGUCCUACCCGGGAGCCCGGCGCUGCAUGCCGUGCUGAUGAGUACAAAUGUCUGACUGGAGACCAGUGCAUUCCGUCCAGUUACCAGUGUGAUGGAGAGAUUGACUGUCAGGACCGUUCGGAUGAGAUUGGUUGUGCUGCACCUACCAUCGUGAAGCCGCCAGUUCCCAAGGUCGAGGUCGAGGUCGGAGGCUCCUUCUCCAUCGUGUGCGAGGCUGUCGGUGUCCCCACUCCACUCAUCGUUUGGCGUCUCAACUGGGGCAACAUCCCCACGGGUGAGCGUGUUGUUGUCACGUCUGUUGACGGCCGUGGCAGCCUCACUGUGAAUCAAGCUAUCCCAGAAGACUCUGGGGCCUACACCUGCGAGGCUCUCAACAACAAAGGCUCCAUCUUUGCCGUGCCCGAUGCUAUCAUCAUUGUCAGGCGUCAAGCUGGCGUGUGUCAGCCGCCAGACUACAAUGUUGGCGCCAGACAGAUCGGUGAAUGUGUUAAGUGCUUCUGCUUCGGACAGACCAAGACAUGUUACAGUUCAAAUCUGCAGAAAUCUCAGAUCACCCUUGGCAACCAGAUCCAGAUGGUCCGUCGUGGAGAUCUCCUGCCUGUGGAGGACGGAUUCAUUCAGUUCCUGCCAACAUCACGCCAGUUCUCUGUGUCCGACUUCGACCGCGUGUUGCAGCAAGGCAGCUACUACUGGAGUCUCCCCUCCCAGUACCUCGGAAACAGGCUGACGAGUUACGGAGGCAAACUGAGCUACACCGUCUCCUACAACAUCCGCAGCAACUUCCCCCGUCCCACCCAGGACCAGGACGUCAUCAUCACGGGUAACGGAAUCACGCUGUACCACAGAACCGCUGAUACUGCUAAUGCAGGUGAUCCCUUCAGAGUCGACAUUCCACUGGUUGAGUCUGCCUGGGACAAGAGCGACGGCCCACGCCGCGGAGACACCCCCAUCUCGGAGUACGCCAAUCGCGAGGAUCUCAUGAUGGUGCUGGAGAAUGUUACUCGGGUCCUCAUCCGAGCCACUUACGAUGACCGUCAGUCCACAAUCAGAAUCAGCAAUGUACUACUGAGCACUGCCGUCUCUCAGGAAACAGGACUUGGCCGUGCUGAGCUUGUGGAAGAUUGUACCUGCCCAACAGGAUACACUGGACUGUCUUGUCAGGUGUGUGCCGCUGGGUUCUAUCGUGUGAGUCGGGGGCGCUACCUCGGUGAGUGUCUGCCCUGCCAGUGCAACGGCCACUCCAACGACUGUGACCCUAUCAGUGGGGAAUGCAAGAACUGCCAACACAACACCGAGGGACCCCUGUGUAACCUGUGCAUGGAAGGAACAGUUGGAGAAGCCACACGAGGAACUGCCAAUGACUGUGAACCCUGCCCAUGUCCUCUUACCAUCCCAUCCAAUCAGUUCAGCCGUACAUGCGUGAGAGACAACGCUGGUAUUCGCUGCACCGCCUGCCCACCGGGCUACACCGGCCGACAGUGUGAGACCUGCGCCCGAGGUUACCGUGGCAACCCCAGCAUCCCUGGAAGGUCCUGCAAGCAAGAGAAUAUUGAGACUGGAUGUGACCCCAGGGGCAGUCUCUCCACCUCCCCCAACAUUGACACCGAACGCUGCAGUUGUCGGCCCAAUGUGAUCGGCAACACUUGCAACCAGUGUAAGCCAGAGACGUACUACUUGUCACAGAACUACCCCUUCGGAUGCAUCGCCUGCUUCUGUAUGGGCGUCACUCAGAUGUGCACCAGCACCUCCUGGAACAGAGCACAGAUUGGAGUGUCCUUCACUCAGGAUCGUAUGGGCGUCAGCCUGACAGACAUGAUGAGGAAGGAGAAGAUCGAACAGGGAUUCACCGUCAACCGCAACUCUCGUGAGCUGACAUACCGUGGAUUCAACAACCUCAGGGAGAACAUCUACUACUGGAGUCUACCUCAGCGUUUCCUUGGUGACAAGGUGACAGCCUACGGAGGAUACCUGCGCUUCACACUGAGAUACCGUCCGGGUCAGGACAGCACCCCCAUUUCUCUGGAGGAGCCCAUUGUCGAGAUCUCUGGAAAUGACAUCACGCUGGUGUAUCGUGCUGACCGGGAACAGUUCCAGGCUAACUCCAGACAGUCCUUCCAGAUUCCCAUGUAUGAGCAACAAUGGUACCGUCUGGAUGGUGAACAAGCUAUGAGGGAGUUCUUGUUGAUGGCCCUUGCCGACCUUGACUACAUCCUCAUCCGAGGAACAUACUCCGAAUCCACUGACGAGGCUGCAAUAAGUGACAUCUCUCUGGACAUCGCGGAGAGCCGGCAGACACGACAGGAUCGGGCGUACGCUGUGGAGCAGUGCAGCUGUCCCCGUGGCUACAAAGGCUUGUCCUGUGAGGACUGUGACACUGGCUACACCAGGUCCGGAGGCGGCCUCUACCUUGGACUCUGUGUUCCCUGUCAAUGUAACGGACACUCCGGGCAGUGCGACCCAGAAUCCGGCAUCUGCAGGAACUGCCAACAUAACACCGAGGGAGAGAACUGCCAGAGAUGUGUUGCUGGUUUCUAUGGCGACGCCUCACGUGGAUCUGUCAACGACUGUCAGAAGUGUCCUUGCCCCCUCACAGAGAGGCCCAACCAAUUCAGCCCAACUUGUAUCCUGGACACUGAUGGUCAGGUGACCUGCAACGCCUGCCCAGCUGGACACACCGGCCGCAGAUGUGAAAUAUGUCUGCCUGGAUACACCGGCAACCCAUUGCAGCCUGGAGACUACUGUCAACUCAGAGGUGUGGACUGCGAGUGUGACCAGAGAGGAACUAUCCCCAACACCCAGUGUGACCCCACCACUGACCAGUGUCAGUGCAAGGCUUACGUUCAGGGUCAGAAAUGCAACACCUGUGUGGCCGGCUACUUCUACCUGGAUGAGACCAAUUCUCAAGGAUGUUUGUCCUGCUUCUGUAUGGGCGUCACCAACCAGUGUACCAGCUCCGGGUACUACCGGGAUGUGAUCCGACCACAGUUUAACACCGAUGGCACCCACAACUUUGGUCUGACGAACCGGCGCCUGAGUCGUAUGAUCAAGGAUGGCUUUGAGGUGGAUGCCAGCAGGGAUCAGAUCACCUUCACCAGCUUUGAUGGAAUCCAGCGAGAACGGGAGAGCUUGUUCUUCCAGCUGCCUCCCCGUUUCCGUGGCAACAAGGUCUCAUCCUAUGGCGGUAUGCUCCGCUUCACCCUGGAGUACACUGUGGCCUAUGACUCUGGACAAACAUACAUGGAUGUCGACAUUGAAAUCAUCAGUGGUGACAAGCGACUGUACAUGAUCUUCAACCCAUCUGCCAAACCGGUGACGCCACAGACUUAUGAGAUUCUACUGCGUGAGUCAUCUUUCCGCUCCUUCGAUGGGUCGUCCCCAACACGCGACUCCUUCCUCACCAUUUUGUCCAUGAUUGACGGAAUCCUCAUCCGUGCCACUCACCACACCAUCAUGGGCACCGCCACCCUGCGAGACAUCAGCAUGGACAUCGCCGUGCCCCGCUCAACUGGACAACGUCUUGCCAGGGAGGUGGAGAGCUGUCAGUGCCCCGAGGGUUACACCGGUCUGUCCUGUGAGGAAUGUGCUGCUGGCUACUUGCGUGUAGAGGAACCAGGAACUCCACGUGGACGCUGUGUGCGCUGCAACUGUAACGGACACGCCACAUCAUGUGACACCGACACCGGACGCUGUCUGAACUGCAAUGACAACACUGAGGGUGACAGAUGCGAGAGGUGUGCCUCUGGUUACUAUGGUGACCCAACUGUUGGCACUCGCAGCGACUGCAGACCAUGUCCCUGCCCUCUCACCAUCCCAUCCAAUCAAUUCUCUCGCACAUGCUUCUUGGACCCCUCAGACAACCGCGUGACAUGUGACCGUUGUCCACCCGGCUAUACUGGACGCGACUGUGGCACCUGUGCUGAAGGCUACGUUGGCAACCCAAGAGAAUCUGGCGGCUCUUGUGAGAGAGGAGUGAACGGUCGCCCUCAGGUUGUGGUGACCCCCAUCCGUCUGAGCGAGCCUCUUGGAUCAACAGCAAGCUUUCAGUGCCAGGUGUCUGGACGUGGGCCCUUUAACGUCGUCUGGAGCAGACUUGAUGGACGCCCAAUGCCUGGGAAAGUCCGCACCAGUGCCAGAUAUCAGAUGACGAUACCCGACCUUGAAUCAUCAGAUGGCGGCCGAUACGUCUGCACUGCUACCAACAACUACGGCAGCGUGAGGGAGUUUGUGGAGUUAACCAUCAGUGCGCCAACCAAUCCUAUCCGUGUCCGCAUCGAAGAGCCCCGUGAAGUGGAGACGAGGAUCGGAGCCAGCGUCAGGUUCAUCUGUGUCGCCGUCUCCUACAACACUGAGGCCAACUAUAUUCUGUCCUGGACCAAGAAUGGUGCUGGUCUGCCAGAGAAGGCCAUCGAUCAGAAUGGCGUUCUUGUUAUCCCCAACGUCCAGCCUGAAGACGAGGGAACCUACACCUGUACUGGCUCCGACACCUAUGGAGUUGAUCGCGUCACUGCCGUUGUCAGUCUGGCUGGACGGGAAGAGGCUCCAGUAGCCAGAAUUGAGCCCCGCUACCUGCAAGUCAAUGUUGGAGACUCCAUUGAGUUCCGCUGUAUCGCCGAGUCCAGUCCCCCCUCAACCAUCGUCUGGACGCGCGGAGAGAGUGGACCUCUGCCAGACUACGCCACGGUGGAGAACGGCGUGUUCCGCAUCGCCUCCGUACGGAAGAGCGAUGAAGCUGAGUACUACUGUAAGGCAAGCAACCCCGCCGGCAUGUCGACCGUCAGAACCAUCUUAUACGUCACCGGAUCCGCUCCAGAACCGGAAGUGACAAUUGUGAUCAGAAGAACACAGGUGACUGCAAUUGUGGGAACCACGGUCAGCUUGGAAUGUUACUCUCAGAAUGGCGGUGAUGUCAUCCUUGUUUGGUCUCGGGAACGCCAGGGUCUCCCAUCAGGUUCCAUCCAAGACAAUGGCGUGUUGACUCUGCCCAAUGUUCAGCCAUCCUAUGCCGGUACCUACAUGUGUACUGGUACUACAUCCACUGGCAAGACCGGCGUCGGACGCACCACCCUCACCAUCGAAGCGAACGUUGAGAGAGAGGCCCCCACCGUGUCUAUCGAGGAGAAGAUGCAAGUGAUUCCGUCCGGAACAACUGGCACAAUCCGCUGUGUUGUCACAGGAAUUCCCAAACCUACCAUCACCUGGAAGCGGGCCCGAGGAGAGCUCUCCAGCAACCACGUGGUCAGCCAAAAUGGAGAAAUCCUGAGAAUCACCCAGGCAACAAUGGCCGAUCGGGGAGUUUACAUCUGUCUUGCCGAGAGUGUUUCUGGCAGAGCGAUGGCCUCCGCUAUGAUUGAUGUUGAACGUCGGGACAUGCCAGUGGUGGAGCUGUACCCAGCCAAUAGUGUGACAGUCAGACGUGGAGGCAGCGCCCUCUUCCAGUGCCGCGUCACCGGCGGAACCCCAUCCCCAACAAUCACAUGGACAAGAGUUGGAGAUGAGCCUUUCACAUCAACAACCGACAUUAUGGAGGAGAACGGAGUGAUUAUGUUCAAGGGAGUGACCGGUGACGAGCAGGGCUCCUAUGUGUGUACUGCCACCAACGCCAUGGGAACAGUCACCGCCACAGCCAUCCUCAGGAUUGAAGGACCUCCCAAGGUUUCCAUCUCGCCAAGCCGCAAAGUGACGUCCCUGGAAGGUGAUCGGGUCACCCUGGAGUGUACCGGUGAAGGCGAGCCGACGCCCAAUGUGUUCUGGCGUAGUGAUACCCGCAGGAGGAGUGAUGUUCUCCCAGAAGCUUCGUAUGAAGACGAGGGAUCCGCACGACUCAUCUUCGAUUCCGUGGCCAAGGCUGAUGAAGGCAGAUAUAUCUGUAUCGCCACCAAUGAACGUGGUCGGGACGAGGCAUCAGUAGAUCUGACAGUUAUCACCGACGGCGGCCCCCGACCUGAAGUUAUUGUGGACAUACAAGGGCCCGACCAGAUGUCUCUAGUUGCCGGACAGUCCGUGGAACUUACCUGUUCUGCCCAAGGACUCCAGUCUCCAGUGAUCAGAUGGCGUCGUCCUGGCAACCAGCCUCUCCCUCCAAACCACUCCAUCCGUCAGGGUGUGUUGUACAUCCCUCAGAUCACACCCGAGUACCAGGGAGAGUAUGUGUGUGUCGUCACCGGUGGCGCCGGAUCCCAGUUCUCUGCAUCUGUUAUCCUCAUCGUGUCAGUGACACCCCGUCUGACCAUCACUCCCUCCGUGGUGGCCACAAGGCCCGGCCAGACUGUACGCCUCAACUGCCAGCCAGGCGGGAGUGGACCGUUCCAGAUUGAGUGGACCAAGGUCAAUGGGGUCCUGUCUCCAACUGCCAUCGAGCGUGAUGGAGUCCUGGAAAUCCGUGGCGUAACGGCAGCAGAUGCUGGUCAGUACAGAUGCAUCGCCACCAACAACGCUGGCAGCUCGGAAGGCUACGCCAGCAUCGAGAUAUCUGUGCCUCCUACAGUUGUGGUUUCUCCCAAGAAUGAGCAGAUAGCUGCUGGGCGCACGGUGGAGCUUCGAUGUGAUGUGACGGGAACCCCGCCGCCCCAGGUCCGCUGGGAGAAAGACAUGGGCGGACAGCUUCCUGUCCAGCACCAGAUCAGGAAUGGAGUGCUCACCAUCUACAAUGUCGCAGAGGAGGAUUCUGGUCGCUACAUCUGUACCGCCUCCAACGAGGCCGGCAGCAACAGGGACUACACCUACCUCCGUGUCCAGGGUGGUCCUGGCAUCGUCCCAGGCGGAGGAGGCCAGAGCAGCGUACAGACCGUCAACGUGGGCGACAGAGUGGACUUCGAGUGCCUUGUGUCAGGCACACCGAAGCCAAUGGUGAAAUGGUCUAAGGUGGAGGGAGCCCUUCCAGCAAGCGCCGUUAUCGGUGAGGGCAUCCUCAUCGUCCCAGAAGUCCGCCCCGAGGAUGCUGGCACGUAUGUGUGCACUGCAACCAAUGAAGCUGGCACCGUGCAGAGUAAAGUACAGCUGUUUGUCAGAGCUCGCCCAGUGAUAUCAGUUCCACAAGAUAUCAACACAGCAGCCCUGGGAGGCCCCGCCUCUCUGUCAUGUGAUGCCCAGGGAUACCCCAACCCGUCCGUCACCUGGACAAAGCAGGAGGGUGAUUUGCCCAGAGAACACACGAUCACAGACGGUGAGCUGAAAAUCCCCCGCGUACGAGAAGAGGACGGAGGCACCUACAUGUGCCAGGCUGCAAACAGAUACGGAACUGCUCAAAUUCCAGUGGUCCUCAUUGUUGGUGCACUGGUGCCAUACUUCCCCCAGAAUCCUGUCUCCUACAUGAGCUACCAGCCUCUCCAGGAUGUGUACCUCAACUUCGACAUCGUGAUGUCUUUCCGCCCUGAGGCAACCGAUGGCAUGCUCAUGUAUAACGGCCAAUAUAACACCGGCAUUGGAGACUUCAUGUGCUUCGGUCUGAACGGCGCCUACCCAGAGUUCCGCUUCGAUGUGGGCUCAGGUCCUGCUAUUAUCCGUGGCAACAACCCUGUUCAGAUGAACACUUGGAACACUGUGCAGUUCAAGAGAGACAGGAAGAAUGGCACAAUGAUUGUAAACGAUGAGCCCGCCUACUAUGGUGAAGCUCCAGGGCGCUUUGAGGGGCUGGACCUCUUGGAGAACAUGUACGUUGGCGGUGUGCCCAACUUCCAGAGCAUCCCCAGGGCAGCUGGAUUCUCCAAGGGAUUUGUGGGUACCGUGAGCGAGGUCAAACUGAAGGGUGUCCCUCUGAACCUUGGCGGAGAUGCGAUCGACUUGUACGGAAUUCAACAAUACCAGGCCUGUCAGCCCGGAGCAUGCUUCAACGGAGGUUCCUGUCAGCCCUACAACAACCCCUAUGGCUACCGGUGCUUGUGUCCUCAAGGAUGGGCUGGUGAACGCUGCCAAGUGCAUGGAGAACGCUGCUUCCCAGGCCGAUGUGGAUCCGAGGGUCGCUGCUACGACUUGCCUGGACCGACUGGUUUCAACUGCAUCUGCCCGGUUGGACGUGUGGGGACAGCGUGCGAGCGAUAUGUCGACAUUAUCGACCCGUCGUUCAACAGGACAUCCUUCAUUUCCUACCCAACCAUCCAGGACGGAUUACUCCAGGUGCAGAUGAGCCUCAUGUUUAAACCCCGCUCCCUUGACGACGGCCUCAUCCUCUACAACGCACAGCAGCAGGACGGCCGCGGCGACUUCAUGGCCAUCAUGAUCAAAGAUGGCUACCUCGAGUUCCGCUUUGACACCGGAUCAGGACCCGCUGUCUUGAGGAGUCGCAACCCUCUGCGUCUUGACGACUGGACAAUGGUUGUCGCGGAGAGGAAGGGCAACGAAGGGAUGCUGAUUGUCAACAACGAAGACCCUGUUAACGAACGCCUUAGGAAUAGCUACGACUAUUACGCCUACUAUUCUAGACGGGAUCGUGGUGAUAUUUAUAACAGAGGAACCGCAUCUGGCCGUACAAUCGGGCUGAACCUGAAGCGCCCCCUAUAUCUGGGUGGAGUUGAUCCACAGGAAGUGCUACCUGCGUCUGCUUUUGUUGGAGAAGUUCCCGGAUUUGUUGGAUGUAUCGGCGAGCUGAGGAUCAACACAAACAAUAUCGACCUAUUGAAGGACGCUAUUGAGAGUGCUAACGUAUACGACUGCGGCGACCGCGGCAUCUGUGACAGGAAGCCCUGUCAGAAUGGAGGCGACUGCCAGGAGACUUCCCUCACCGACUAUCGCUGCAUUUGCCCUCCGGAUUACACAGGCAAGAGCUGUGAGACUGAAAUCAACAUCUGCAUCACGUCUUCACCCUGUCAGAACGGAGGCCGCUGCAGCGUCUACAAUGGUGGCUACAGGUGUGACUGUCCUCUGGGAUACUUCGGGACAAGCUGUACUACAGAAAUUGAGGUGCACACAUCGUUUGAGGUGACCGGUGAUGGGUAUGUGGAGUUCCCUAAGCAGCUGCUGCCCCACAAGGGCCGCCAGACCGGGGAGUCCUUCGAGAUGACGGUGAAGACGGUCGAGUCUAAUGGCCUGCUCUUCUGGCAGGGCCAGGAGCCGACCACCUCACUCCGCGGCGGGGACUACGUGGCCCUUGUUCUUGAAGAUGGCUUUGUAGAAUUUAGGUACGAGUUAGGUAGUGGUGAAGCUGUUAUAAGAUCUACUUCACAAAUUGAUGAUGGAUUUUCACACAAAAUCAUAGCUCAGAGGCUUGGCCGAACAGGAAAUCUGACUGUUGAUGCUGGCCCCCCAGUGAUUGGUGCUUCUGUCGGACCUCUCCAGGUCCUCAACGUCAAGGGCAAUAUUUACUUGGGUGGUCUUCCCGAGUUGGAAGGCAUGACAGAUGGAGCUGUGGAACACAAUUUUAAUGGCUGCAUUCUUGAUCUUAGGAUACUAAACAAAGGACCCUUAGAUGUGAAAUCGGAUGCCGUGGGUGGUUAUAAUGUUAGGCCAUGUCUAGACGGUAAGAAAUGAUGAGGAUGACUAAGUCUUUAUGUGACAUAAUUUUAGGUAUUUUCAAAUUGUAGAACAGGUGAGAGCCCAUGCUCUGAUGCUCAGUCGAAUGUUAUUCUGUUGAAGAACUCGAAAUGUUUUAUCAUAAUAUUGGCGGCAUUUUAUGACAUGUAUGUUUAUUGUGGACCUCAAUUUUAUACUUUUUGUAUUUCUUUUAUGAAUCCAAUCAGCAUUUUAUAGUUUUAACAUGCUUAAUGUUCUUUUAAUUAUUGAAUUUAAAUACUUUGAAAUAAUGUAACUUUAAUGAAAUUAAUAAUUCAGGAGUAAUGCUUGUUAUGAACAAGACUAUUAAAUUUUAAGAAUAAUUUGAAACAAUUAAACAGAUUUAAGAUCGCUAUGGAAACAUGCUAAACAUAUAUUGUUAGAUUCUGAUAUAGCUAUUUAUGACCUUUCAGUAUAUUGAGACACUGUUUAUAGAUAUGCAUAGAAACUGACUGUACAUAUUUCAGCGGUGUAGAUUUAAGCAAUGAAAUGUAUAAACUCAUACAAACGUACCUGUCAUCUGUUCAAAUUAUAUUGUCACAAGUUGGCAAAAUGUAAUCCAAUGUGGUUGGCUUUAAAAGCAAAAUAUUGUUAAGGCACACCUGGAAUGGCAUAAGCAAAAUAUCUACUCAUCAAGUAGACAAUAAGUGAUUAUUGUAGUGCAUUGUUGAGUGAAAAAAAUAUUGUUUGAACAUAUGUGUUUUUGACAUUGUUAUUUUGCUUCUAAAGUUACCCGAUGACAAGGCUUGUAUAGGAGUCAGUAUAGCAACCACUUGUAACGAAAUCCUCACCAAGUCUAGAUAUUUUAAUCAUGUUAUAAUACUCUUUUCUCAUGGUGCUAAAUGACUGCUGGAAGACCCUAGCGGUCCUCAGAUUUCAACUCUUUGUAUAUUUAUAGCAUAAUUCCCUAUUUGACUUAACCAUAUUUGUGUAAUAAACGCCAGAUAAUCACUAUAUUGAAUAUUAUUCAGUCUGGAAUUUGAAUUAUAGAGUUUUGGAACUAUGUAUUUAACUCAUGGUAUUGUGUGUGAUGAUAUACAAUAUCCCCCUGAUGAGGAAUAUGUGAUAAUACACUAUAUGUCCCUGAUGGUGAUUAUGUGAUAACACACUAUGAAUCCCUGAUGAGGAAUAUGUGAUAAUACACUAUAUCCCAUGUUGGGGAAUAUGCAAAACUAAGGCGCUUAUUAUUAAAGAUAUGGUUGUCUGGAUUGUAGAGUCCUAUCCUCUUGAUGUGUACUGUCAUCAACUGUAGUUGUCUUUGUUAUGUUAGGGAUAUACAAUGCCAAAUCCUGGGGUCGGCCCCUGUCUGCUUUUCAAGUGUUUUUGUGAGAAAAGCACUUGACCUUAUGGUUCUGUUGAAGCAUAAUGUUUGAAACACAGAGGAAAGUCAACACUGUGAUCUGAUUCGAAUAAACUUUUAUAACAAAA